AUGGCCACCCCUAGCGUUCUAGUCUUUGAUGCUGAGGGUCGGGCUGUUGACUUUGAAGUCUGGGUCGAUGAUCUACAGCUUUUCCUACAGUGCGAUAGGAAAGACGGUCUCUCACUGUUCGAUCCCACGUCCGGCGCCUCUGCUGCCCCUGCUGCCGAUGCUGACAGCACUAUUCGCUCACAGUGGGCCACACUGAUGCUCCUGCGUGUCUUGCUGGACCACUUCCUCUCUGUUUGCCCCACCACACUCACCGUUGACCUCCUCGAGGAGCGCCUCUUGGCAACUGAGAAAAGAAUAGUCGCUGUAGGAGCCUCUUGUGGUGACCCUCGUGCCCCCUUCUUUGAGGGGUGCUCCCCCUCCCCCCUUUUGCCCUCUGUUGCCUCUGCUGCUGCCAUCGAUUUCGUUGGCACCGAGUCGGUCGGCGUUGCGUCUGCCCCUAACGGGAGACGCCGCACCGGCAAGGGCAAGGGGGGCAAGGGCGCUGGCGGGGCUGGCGGGGGCGGUGGAGGUGGGGGUGGAGGCGGCAGAGGGAGUGGGGGUGGCGGUGGGAGUGGUGGCGGGGGUGGGGGCUUCGGUGGAGGCGGUGGAGGCGGAGGCGGCGGCGGCGGUGGUGGUGGGAGCAAAGGAGGAGGCGGUGGCGGAGGUGGCAGCGGUGGAGGUGGAGCUGGAAGGGGUGGCUCUGCGCAGCAGGGCGGCUUUGGUGGUGGUCAUCGCCAGCAGCAGCAGCGCACUCGUGAGACCCCGCCCCCCCAGCAGCUUCGUGAGUGGUACGCUGCGCGUCAGCGGGGUAGGGGUGCUGGUCCUUGUGCCUACGUCCUUCGUACCGGCGACCGCACUGGUGAGCCAAGCGGUGGCCCGCACACCACCCAGCGCUCCUUCGGCCGCCUGACGGAUGCUUGGCGUCUCCAGUUCCCUGACGCCACUGAGAUCCCCCGCUAG